UUCAACAAAUACUCCCAACGUUCCAACACUUCAACUUCUCUCUUCCUAUUUUCCAUCAAUUUUCUUUCCCUCUCUUCUCUCCGGCCAAACUUCCGGCGGCCGUCACAAUCUCCGGCUUCACGCCAUCUUCCGGCGGCCGUCACAAAACACUUAAGCCGUUGAGUAAUUAAAUCUAUCCAAAACACCACCUACUGCGUUUCUCCGCCAUUGCCAACGCCUUUUUUAUUGUAUUUUUUAAUUUUGUUUUGGUGCAUUAAUUAAUGGAAACAUCAAGUGGGUAUCUGAAUUAUCAUCAACAUCCCUCUUUUGGUUCUUCUAGGAGAGAUGUUUCCUACAGCUGUGGCAGUUGUGGGUAUGAGCUAAACCUUAACUCAUCUAGUCGCAAUACCGCUUCCAUUGGUUCCAAGUACGGAAAAUCCAUAAAGAAAGGGAUGAUCUCCUUCUUGUCCAUUGAUGAGAGCAGAUUUACUCAGGUUGAAGAAUUUAAGUGUGUGCCAUUCUUCUUCUCCAAGCGUUCUUGGGGCUUGUUCCAGCGGCGAACAAAACUUCUGUGCAGAAAAUGUGGUAAUGAUAUUGGAAUUGCUUAUGAUGAUAGUGCUUCUUCUUACCCACUUGUAGCCGAUGCAUCAGUUACAGCCUCUGGCAGUGAAACAAGCACUCAUAGAAAAUAUGAUAUCAAAAUCCGCUCCUUGCAACCUUCUUCAUCAGCAUCGGGUACUCCUCUCCCCGAAUGAUAUAUAAUGCUCGUGAAUAUUUCUUCUGUGAGGAAAGCUUGGCAUGUAUUUGUGAUCACACAAUAGCACUGUGCUGAAAUUUACGAAAUUCAAGGUGCUUUAAUGUCCUGUUAUAUUAUUUGUCAAGUAAAUAAGAUGAAUCAGUUUACAGUUUUGGUUGCAAUUUGUACAAUUUUCUCGUUCUCUCAAUAGGUGGGGAAGCCUUCUGUUGAGAGGUGUGGUUUGUACUUUGUACAUAAACAGGACUGUCAAUGAGGUGUGGAUUUGAAGCAGCUAUCUGUCAAUGAGGUGUGGUUUUUA